AUGGAGAGAGCAAUUAUUUUCACCUGCAUUCUACUCCUCACCACAUACACAACACCAGCGCAGUCAAAGUACUACGGCAGAAGCUCGACGUACAAACCAGCCAAGCUGAAAAAAACACACCUCCAUUUCUUCCUCCACGACGUCCUAAGUGUUGCCAAGCCCACGGCAGUCCGCAUCGCGGGGCCGCGCGACCUGCUGGCGUUCGGGUCGGUCUAUGCCAUCGACGACGUGCUGACGGAGGGGCCAGAGGUCGUCGGGAAUGCUCGGGGAAUGUACAUGUCGUCGAGCCAGGGAAAGAAUCUGACGUUGGUGAUGCGCGUGGAUCUUGGAUUCACGGCGGGGAAGUUCACGGGGAGCUCGUUGAGCGUGUUAUCGAGGAAUCCGGUGACGGAGAGCCGCCGUGAGCUUGCGGUGGUCGGAGGCGGUUUAGAAUGGCUCAAGGGACUAUUUUUGUGA